AUGUCUGAUAUCAGCCAACAGAUGAACAAUUUGAGUGUUCAGGACAAUAAGAGUAACGGAUCCGGUCGUAGACAAUACGUUCCGCCCCAUUUGAGAAAUAGACCGCAAGGACAAUCCAACGGGUCUGCUCCUGACGACGACAUCCCCUUUGGCGGAUCGGGCCGUUCUAGCUACGACGGCUUUGGAGGCAGAGGAGGCGGUGGUGGCUACAACAGCUUUGGAGGCAGCGGCGGCGCCAGAGGAGGCGCCGCUGGCUACGCGAGAGGUGGCGGCCGUGGUGGCGCUCGCGGUGGCAGGUACCAGAGACCCAGUCCCGGUGUGGGCAGAUGGGUCGACGGCAAGCACGAGCCAGCACCCAAGAACGAGAGAUUGGAGUUGGACUUGUUUGGCACUGCCGAUGACUCCCAGUUCCAGUCCUCGGGAAUCAACUUUGACAACUACGACGAUAUCCCCGUUGAAGCUAGUGGUGAGGGCGUCCCCGAGCCAAUCACUUCCUUCACAGCGCCACCUUUGGAUGAGUUGUUGGUUGAAAACAUCAAAUUGUCGAGAUUCACCAAGCCCACCCCGGUGCAGAAGUACUCGGUGCCCAUUGUUGCUGCAGGUAGAGACUUGAUGGCGUGUGCCCAAACCGGUUCCGGUAAGACUGGUGGGUUCCUUUUCCCCGUCUUGUCUGAAUCGUACAUGAAUGGACCAGCGCCGGUUCCCGAGACGACUGGUGCUUUUUCUUCGCACAAGGUUUACCCUACUAUUUUGGUUAUGGCUCCAACUAGAGAGUUGGUUUCUCAAAUCUAUGACGAAAGUAAGAAAUUCUCCUACAGAUCAUGGGUUAGACCUUGUGUCGUUUACGGUGGUGCCGAUAUCGGUAACCAGAUUAGACAAUUGGACAGAGGCUGCGACUUGUUGGUUGCAACGCCAGGUCGUCUUAAGGAUUUGUUGGAAAGAGGAAGAGUCUCGUUGUCCAACAUCAAGUACUUGGUUUUGGACGAAGCUGAUAGAAUGUUGGAUAUGGGGUUUGAGCCACAAAUUAGACACAUUGUGCAAGAGUGUGACAUGCCCGACGUUCAAGAUAGACAAACUUUGAUGUUUUCCGCUACAUUCCCAAGAGACAUCCAAAUGUUGGCUCGUGAUUUCUUAAAGGACUACAUUUUCCUUUCAGUUGGUAGAGUUGGUUCCACUUCGGAAAACAUCACGCAAAAGAUUCUUUACGUUGAAGAUGAGGAGAAGAAAGAUGUCAUUUUGGACUUGUUGAAUGCCAAUAGCUCGGGUCUCACUAUUGUCUUUACCGAAACCAAGAGAAUGGCUGACAACUUGGCUGAUUUCUUGUAUGACCAAGGUUUUCCAGCUACUGCUAUCCACGGUGACAGAUCGCAAUACGAAAGAGAAAAAGCGUUGGCUGCUUUUAAAUCGGGCCAGGCCCCCAUCUUGGUUGCCACCGCCGUUGCCGCUAGAGGUUUGGAUAUCCCCAACGUGUCACACGUCAUCAACUAUGACUUGCCUAGUGACAUUGAUGACUAUGUUCAUAGAAUCGGUCGUACUGGUCGUGCGGGUAACGUUGGUAUUGCCACUGCAUUCUUCAACAGAAACAAUAGAAACAUUGUCAAGGGCAUGAUUGACUUGUUGAGCGAGGCAAACCAAGAGAUGCCCGACUUUUUGACCAAGAUUGCUAGAGAAUCGGCAUUUGGUGGUGGCAGACCGACCCGUGGUGGCCCACGCGGCGGCGGCAUGGGAUCUCGUGGUGGUGCCAACAGAGAUUUCAGAAGAUCCGGUGGAGGCAGCAGUGGUGGCUACGGCAACUCUGGCUGGGGAUCAAACUCAAGCUCUGGCUGGGGUGGCUCUUCCAACAGCGGCUGGGGCAACUCCAACGGUGGUGGCUACUCCAACGGCGGCGGUGCUCGUUCUAGCUUCAAUGACAAUGCAAGCUACGGAAAUCCAUCCUCCAACGCCGGCUCAUGGUGGUGA